UUUGGAAAGAAUUUUCCUUUUUUUAAGCCAGCUCAAGAACACCUUUUUUCGUUAGAGGAUUCACAAACCAGUAAAUCGUUAUGUUGUAGUCAACGUGUAACCUGUUUCUGUGGGACCCAUCCCACGAUAAAAGCGGGCACCUUCCUCACUACAACGUUAUAGCUUUACCAGUUCUGAGAAUACAAAUUGACGAGGAAAAUUCUAAGAGCAUUUUUAUAUAGAUUUGUGAAGUAUACCCAGGGAGGUACAUUGCUGAGAAAUAGGGUAUUGACAUUUCUACUUUUCUCAAAAUCAUCAGUAUCGCGUCAACCAUGAAAGUUUUCAAUCUGAAGGCCAUGAAAGUUUUUAAUCUGAAGCAGUGGCUGCUGCUCUUCCUGUGUACCCACAUCAUCUUCCCGAGUCUCUCCAUGGCGGAUGAUUUGUCAGACGAAUUAUUGGUCAAUAUUAACAAGUUUAGACAAGACAUGAAGCUUCCUGUUCUGACCCAAAAUGAAAAUGCCGCUUGUUUGGCAAAGCAGAUAGCGGAUCAGUUCAAAGGCCAAGUAUGUAGUAAUUCUACAGGUGAAGACACUGUGCCUGGCACAGAACCUCAAUUUCCAAACUAUCCACAGUUUUUGGAAAAUUGCCAUCUGAAUGUAUCUGAUACCAAAGAUGGAGUAGUUAUGCCGGAUUGUGUUCCUGGUUUAGAUCCACAGAUAGCAUUUCAGAAUUACACGCAUUCACAAUAUAUUCAGAAUGUCAAUGACACAAAAUUUGUAUCGGCUGGCAUUGCUUCUGAAGACAAUUGGUUUGUGCUGGUUCUGGCUACCAAUACAACUGGUGGCAAUUUCCAAACUUAUAACAGAGGCACCAUGCAUUAUAUUAAUAAGUUAUUGUCCUUACUGCCAAUCUUGGGGGCGUUGCUUCUAGCAGCCUGAAGCCCCAAUUUGUCAAUUUUGAUUAUUUAGAUUCCAUAUAGUUUGAUAUGGUCUAAAAAUCACAUUCCCAGUAGGAUUUAGAUGAAGUGAGCAUGUCAUAAGAACAAUCUCGAUGCCCAAAUCCACUGAACCUAGAGCCCACAUAUUAGUUGCUUUGGGCAUUGUGGUCUGUUCUACUUCUCCCAAAAUUUAUUUGGAUGAUUUUCAUUCACUUUAAACUAACUCAUGUUCAGUUUCCAAAAAGCUUUGCUAUCAAAUUAUGUUAUCUAAUUCUAACAUUCUAUAAGCGUAGUUUUAUUCUCUUUCUA